AUGAGGAUCAGUGGACAGCCGAGCUUGUUUCGGAAAACAUAUAUAAAGGAUUGGGGCGGCAGGAAGAGGGGAUGCAGGAGAUGGGAGUUUUCAGUUGGAGCUUUUGGGAGGACACCAAGAAUAACCUUCAGUUGCUCAGAUCCAGUAGAAGCCCUAAGCAAUACAUUCCACACAGAAAUGCAAUUCAAGAAGACCAUAAUCACAACGGCUUUUGCCGCCACAGCCCUGUCUGCUUACGUGCCAAGCGAACCAUGGUCCACUUUGACACCCACCGCCACUUACAGCGGCGGUGCCACCGACCACGCCACUGCGUUCGGCAUUGCCGUUAAUCCGGUCGCCAACUCGUCGUCUGCUUCGCUGGCCAAGAGAGAUGGUGUAUCCCAGAUCGGCGACGGUCAAAUCCAGGCUGCCACAACCACGAGGUCCACGGCUGCGCCCGUCUCACAAAUCAGCGACGGCCAGAUCCAAGCUACUGCCGCUACCAGAUCUACCGCUGCACCUGUUUCUCAAAUCAGCGACGGCCAAAUUCAAGCUACCACUGCAACCAGAUCUACCGCUGCUCUUGUUUCUCAAAUCAGCGACGGCCAAAUCCAAGCUACCACCGCUACCAGAUCUACCGCUGCUCCUGUCUCCCAGAUCAGCGACGGUCAAAUCCAAGCUACCACCGCUACCAGAUCCACCGCUGCUCCUGUUUCUCAAAUCAGCGACGGUCAAAUCCAAGCUACUACCGCCACUAGAUCUACCGCUGCUCCUGUUUCUCAAAUCAGCGACGGCCAAAUCCAAGCUACCACUGCUACUUCUAGCGCCGAUGCUAUUUCUCAAAUCAGUGAUGGUCAAAUCCAAGCCACCACUUCUGCCCACACCACGGACGCCGCUUCUCAAGUGAGCGAUGGCCAAGUUCAAGCUACUUCCACCACAAGUGGAGCUUCCCAAGUAAGUGAUGGUCAAGUCCAAGCUACAUCAGGUGCUUCAGCCGACAGCAGUAACCCAGUCAGAGCCGUCUCCUGUAAGACUGAUGGUACUCUGGAGAUGAACUUGAAAGCUGGUAUUCUAACCGAUAACAGGGGUAGAAUUGGUUCCAUCGUUUCCAACAGACAAUUCCAGUUUGAUGGUCCACCACCACAAGCCGGUGCCAUCUACGCUGCCGGUUGGUCCAUCACCCCAGAAGGUAACUUGGCUAUCGGUGAGAAUGACGUUUUCUAUCAAUGUCUAUCAGGUAGCUUCUACAACUUGUACGAUGAAUCCCUGGGUGAACAAUGUCAUCCAGUCCAUUUGGAAGUCAUUGAUUUGAUCGACUGUUAA